UUUGAGUUUGAUUAUGGCACUGAGAAGUUGGCAGUCAAGUCCGUUUUCUAAAAAAAAUGCUUUGGUUUCUCGAAUUUUAACCUGUGUAGCAGUCGCGUUGGGCCCUAACGUGAUUGAAAUAAACAGUCAAAUCAAGGAAUUAGAAACAGCCCACGUGCCCAAGGAAGUGAGGCAUGGAUUGCUUCGCCUGCAUCGGAUUUGUUAUCCUCCUUUAAAAAAAGAGUGGUGCAACAAGAUUUUGUUAUGUGUGUUUUUAUUACGCUAAAAUCACCACACAACUUACUGCAAUGUAACAGCAGCAAGUCCAAGCUUUUCGAGCACAGUGUGAUGAGUGACUGUUUAAGUUACAUCUGCUAAUGAAGAAUCCAGUGAUGUUGAACACACUUAAUGAAUUGGACUCAAACAUUUAGUGACAGCACCACUUUACCUGUGUGAACUGCCAGACAUGAGUUUGCCUAAAAUGAGAAGAAUUCCAGUCUACAUGGGGGGUCCAUCAUCCAUUGCAUGGAUUACAGUUCCACCUGUGGCAAUAACCAACUGUCACUUUAUGACUGUUAAUUCUUCGCCUUCCAUGAAAACUGGAGACCUGAACGGCGCGCAUUUAAAAAUUGCAGUUGCACAUUACCCGCCUUUUCAUAAUAUUACUUUGAUGCCCAACGGAAACUACAGCAUCAUCGGCGCCGGAGUAGAGUAUUUUGCCUGGCUUGAAAAAAAACUCAACUUCACGUUUUCGUAUGAUUUUAUUCCCAACGAAGUGACCAAGGCAAAAUAUGGUAUAAAGAGCAACCUGGCUAUCAUGACUAAUCUUUUCACAGAUAAAGAAAUCGAUGGAGCUAGUACUGGUAUAACUUUAACUCUUGAAAACAAAAAAAAAAUGGACCUGGCAUACUUUGCCUGGUCGGAACCCUUUAAGAUGGUUGUUCCUCGACCAGGGGAAAAAUCUCGACUCUUGGCAUUCGUUUAUCCAUUUGAUCCACUGGUGUGGGGUCUUAUUUAUAUUACGAUACAUGCGAUGGUGGCUUCGAUGACCUUUUUUGCAUCAAUCUACUCCAAAUUUUCAAUUAAUGGUCGUGAGGUCUCUGCUAUCUACGGAGGAAGAACAGUGUAUGACCGGGUCAGUUAUUACAUGAUAUACGUCUUCAACAUUAUGACGAAUCAAGGGAAUAUGAUCCAUGUUAGUCGUCUUUCGUUCCGGAUCCUUGUCGGAUCAUGGCUUUUGGUUGCAACGGUCCUUGUCUACAGUUAUUCCAGUACAGUUGUUUCGCAUCUAACAAUAGUCGUUACGAAACCCCAUAUUAAUUCACUAGAAGAUCUUGCUGCUAGUAAGGACGUAGAACUUCUUUUACUGGCCGACUUUUUUCCAGAAGAAAUACUCGAUGCCAAAUUUGGUGCACUGAAAUAUCUCGGUGAUCAGAUUCGGUACAAUCCUGAUCGGCUAUUAAAUAACAUGCAGAACGUUGAAACCUUAUUGGGAACUGGGAGUCAUGCUAUGCCGUUUCUAGCAACAGUAUGUAAAAACUUUGUCGCCACUCAAUUCAAGAAGGAUCGUAAACGUCGCUUUGUAAUCACCGAUCCCAUUUCAAGUGCCAAUUUUUGGUCUCUUCCUUUUCAGAAGGACAGCUCAUAUACAUGGGCAUUUCACCAUGCUCUGAUUGAACUAUGGGAGUCUGGCCUCCCUUAUCACUGGGUUGGAAAUUUCGUACCACAAGUUCCAGAGAGUUUGUUAAUAACAAAUAAUAAACACAAAGCAAAUUCAGUUCGACGUGGGGCCAUUAGAUUGGAAGACCUAACUGGAGCAUUUCUAAUUUUAGGCGUCGGUUUCGGCCUUGCGACGUUCACCUUUAUCCUAGAAAAAAUUGUUUACUUCAGAAACAAACGGAAGACUGAACAGCAAGAAUUUCAGAAUUCAUAGGUUUCCUCUGAAAAAGCGGGUGAAAAAUUUUAAAGCGUAGUAGUUGAAUAUUAGACUGUAAAAGUGUUGUUAGAAUUGAAGUAGUUCGAAUGUGUAGCCUAGUAACGCUACCUUGCUGCAUUUCAGUUAUUCAUGCUUCAAUAUCGGAC